UAUCCAAACACUCACAGAGAUCCCGCAAACCCCUUUAAAAGAAGUGAACCCUCUAGGCUCGUCCCCUGCGGGUCCAAUGCAGCCUCCUCUGGAGUCCAGUGCUGUUGCCACGGAGACUCCUGGGCGUUCCGGUUGCCCUGGUGACGGAUCCCUCCACUCCCAGCCCUGGUUCCAGAGGUUUCAGUCAAGCUCCUCCCUCAUCGGCCCCGGAACCCCUCAUCCCUCCCCGUCCCGCCCUCCCCCAGGUCUGGCCAGAGUUCCUUUGCAAAUUUCUGCAGGUGUCCAACUUCCCUCCCCAAGUGGUAGACUUGAAGGCAAGGCUUCUCAUUACAUAGCAACCGCAAGGAGGGUCUCAUCCAAGAGCUAUCCACCCCUCGCUAACAUUUCCCCUUCCCAUCUUAAGACGAGAUUGUGACCUAAGGAAGGACUUGUAACAGCCAAGCCAAAGCCCAGAGCUCCCUCACAAUCUGUGGCCACAUGUCACAUGGGGUCUAGGCACACAGAAGAACCUCCUGGCACCAAAGUUCAUCUUGCUUCCCCCUUAUAUCUCAGAUGGAAGCAGACAAGGUCACAGAAGAGCCUCAUAGCACCAUGGAUACAGAGGACCACCCCUCUUCAAAGGACCUCUCUGCUGAAGAAUCACAGGAGCCCCCUAUCCCUGAAACACCCUUUGAGUCUUCCAUCUCUGAGACCCCCUUAGAGCCCCUUGCCGCUGAAACCCUUUUGGAGCCUUCCAUCUCUGAGACUCCCUUAGAGCCCCACGCCUCUGAAUCUCAUAUGGUGCCACCUGCUUCCCAGGCCCUUUUAGAGACCCAUGCCUCUGAAACCUCUUUGAAACCUUCCAUCUCUGAGACCCCUUUAGAGACCCACACCUCUGAAUCUCAUAUGAUUCCAUCCACUUCCCAGGCCCCUUUAGAGACCCACACCUCCAAAACCUCUUUGAAAACUUCCAUCUCUGAGACCCCUUUAGAAGUCCACACUUCUGAAUCGCCUAUGGUUCCAUCCACUUCCCAGGCCCCUUCAGAGACCUAUACCUCUGAAACCCUUUUGGAGCCCUCUAUCUCUGAGACCCCUGUAGGAUACUCUGAGAACCCUUUGGAAACCCCUAUGCCUGAGACCCUGUUGGAGACUCUCAUCUUUAAGGACCCAGAGAAACAUGUUUUUUCUCAUACCUCAUCACAAGACCAUGUUCCUGUAUCUUCCCCUGAUACUCUGGAGGAAGACCUCUUUAAGUAUUCUCCCAGUGAGGUCUUGUGGAGAAGGAAGUCCAGCCAGAUCUCUGAGUAUGAAAGCCUUCAAAAGCACUCCCUUUCAAGCCCUUCAGCCCCAGUCCACCUGGACACAUCUGUAAAGGAAGAGGAAGAGGAAGGAGAGGACAAGGAGCAGGUGGAGGCCACUGACAGCAGCGCACACACAGCUCAGCCAGGACAACAGCCGGGCAAGAAGAAGGGGAAGAAAGGAUUUAGCCAUUACACAGCCCACCCAGUGGUCCCUGCCAAGCAAACAGAGCUGGUGGAAGUGGCUAAGGCAAGGCCCAGAGAGAAGUUCGGUGCUCAGAUGAACUAUCUUUUCCAAUGGGAGAAGAAUGCAGCCCUGAGUGCCAUCCAGACAGGUCUCUACAUUGGCUGGCGCUGCCCCCAUUAUCUAUGGGACUGUUUCCGGAUUGGAGAUGAGUCCAAAUGCUUUUGUGGACACUUGCUGAAAGAGCACCAGAUCAUCUCAGACAUAUCCGUGCCCUGCAAUGUGGGCCAGUGUCGCUGCCUCAUGUUCUGCUUUAUCCCAUCACGCCCAGAGGAGGUGGGUGAGUUCUGGCUCAAAAGACGAGCUACCUUUGACCCCAAGGCCUGGAGGGCCCAAUGUCGCUGCAAACACAGCCAUGAAGAGCACACAGCUACUGGGUCCCAUCCCUGCAGGGUGAAAGGUUGUUGCUGCAAUUGCUUUGAGUCUAAUUUCCUCUGUGCGGCCUGUGACCGUCGCUGGGAGGAACAUGAGACUUUCUUUGAGACUGAGGAGACCCGGCGACGAGGAGGGAGGCCUCAUGGAGCAGACUAUAUGCCUUUUGCAGAGAUGCCUACUUUCCGAGAAGCCAUCGUCAGCAACUCUGACUCUGAGGCUCUACAGAAGCAGGGGCCCUCUGGCCAUCCUGGCUCCCACUGCAGACCCCCGGGGCCUCCUGGCCCACACAGCCUCUGGCCUGACCCUAUGUCUGACCCCCACACCUGACCCUUUCACCUCUGCUUUUCCCUC